AUGCGAAGAUCAUUAAAACCGUUUCAGUGUGAUAUCUGUGGUAAAUCAUUCUCUCAAAAUUGUGUGUUAACUACUCACAAACGUGUUCAUACCGGGGAGAAACCAUAUCACUGUGAUAUCUGUGGUAAAUCAUUCUCUAAAAACAGUAGCCUAACUACACACAAACGCAUUCACACAGGGGAAAAACCAUUUCACUGUGAUGUCUGUGGGAAAUCAUUCUCUGUAAGCAGUAGUUUAAUUGGACACAAACGAAUUCAUACAGGAGAAAAGCCUUAUCACUGUGAUAUCUGUGAUAAAUCAUUCUCUCGAAGCAAUCACUUAGCUAAACACAUAUGUAUUCAUACAGGAGUGAAACCAUAUCAGUGUGAUGUCUGUGGGAAAACAUUCUCUGAUAGAAGUGCCUUAACUAGACACAGACGUAUUCAUACAGGAGAGAAACCAUUUCACUGUGAUAUCUGUGGUAAAUCAUUCUCUCGAAAUUAUCGAUUAACUUCUCACAAACGUAUUCAUACAGGAUAGAGGCCUUUUCGCUGUGAUUUCUGUGGUAAAUCAUUCUCUAGGAAACGUUACUUAACUGGACAUGUAUCUAUCCAUACAAGAAUUUGACUGUAUUAUUUAUCAAAUGCCUUUGCAGCACACAGCAACAGACAUUUUAAAACCCUUUCUCCUUGUGGGCAUUGUCAGUAACUGAUGAACCCUUGGUAACAUUCAUAAUCAUCAGGGUUCCUUUUUGAGGUAUUGUUAAUGAUGCCAACCCUUUUUGUAAGCACUUACCUGGGAUACACAUAGUUAUGCUGGGCACAGGUAUUUGUUAGAAUUGUGUGUAGAAAAUAAUUUGUAUAACCAUAAAUAUUGCCACUUUAGGAAGCACUAGAUUAGACAAUUGUGAGGAGUGGAAACAGUGAUGUGCAGAUAUAUAUAGUUGUGUGUGUAGCAGAAUGUAGCAGACACGAGAGGCCCAUUGAUAUUAAAGCUGAAAUCUAAAAGAGGAGAAACGUGUGAGGCAGUGCAGCAUCAUGAGAGCAGAUGGUGGAGAAAUCCAGGUGAACAUCUUUUAGAGUAACUGGGUUUUUAGCAAGACACAAUUUCUUGCAUACUGAAAAUAUAUACUCCAUGAAGAAGAUUGUGAAAUCAUGUGGAGGUGACGUGGUUAAAUAAAUAUGUCUUCAACACUGAAA